AUGAAACAAGGGGAGGAAGGGUUCGAGGAAUGGGAUGCAGAUUUCUUAGACCAGUUAAUCCAUGUCGAAGAACUCGCUCUCUCUUCUCAACUCCCCUCCUCCUCCUCCUCCAAAUCUCCCCCUUCCACCACCACUCCAAAACUCUCCUACCUCCCACCACCACCGCAACAACACCUGCAAGAUUAUCAAAAUAACCCAACCAGUUACUCUCCUCCGCGAGAACUCUCUCAAAGACCAAUUGAGUUCAGUAUCAACAACAACAGCAUAACAUUUGAUCGUUUCUCUAACGGAUUUUCGCAUUCUGCUCCUUCUACUUCUGCGUGCAAAGAUAAUGUCAAAGACCUGGAAAUUGAUCGCUUAAAGGAACAAGAGUGCUUUGAACUUAAGAAGGAGAGAAGGAAAAAAGACGAGCAAAUUAAAUUUGUACAUGCAAAUACUGAAGAAAUCAAUGUGGAUGUUCACAGCAGAAAAAAGACGAAUUUGUGA